ACAGACUGAUCAGUGGUUCUCUCUCCUCAUCCUGUGGCGUACAGCGCUCACUGCUUCUCAACACUGAACCAGCAUAGAGGAUUUCUAUUGGCUUAUCAGGAGUUUACGCAGUAAUUAUUCGCCUAAAGGUGUUAAGUGGACCUCUGCACUUCAUUCAAAGCAUUGUGUUUGAGUAUGGAGAUGAAUGGUCGAAUGGUACCUCCGUCAAUACCAGAGGACAUGGAAGCCCCUGACCAUGUCCAUCAUGAGCAGAUGAACGGUUACCACCAGAGGCUUCAGGACGGAGGGGAGGAUGAGGUCCCGGUGUCCAACUCCCAGAGACGGAAGAGCGAUGUCAAAGUUUAUAAAGAGUUUUGUGAUUUUUACGCUCGCUUCAAUAUGGCCAAUGCGCUGGCCAAUGCCAUGUGUGAGCGCUGCAAGAGUGGCUUUGCUCCAGCAGAGAAGAUCGUGAACAGUAACGGGGAACUGUAUCAUGAGCAGUGCUUUGUGUGCGCACAGUGUUUCCAACAGUUCCCAGAGGGGCUCUUCUAUGAGUUUGAGGGCAGGAAAUACUGUGAACAUGACUUCCAGAUGCUGUUUGCUCCCUGCUGCCACCAGUGUGGUGAAUUCAUCAUUGGCCGUGUGAUCAAGGCCAUGAACAACAGCUGGCAUCCAGACUGUUUCUGUUGUGACAUCUGCCAGGCUGUGCUGGCUGAUGUUGGUUUUGUAAAGAAUGCUGGAAGGCACUUGUGUCGUCCGUGUCACAACAGAGAGAAAGCUCGGGGCCUUGGCAAGUACAUCUGUCAGAAGUGUCAUGCCAUUAUUGAAGAGCAGCCUCUGUUGUUCAAGAAUGACCCGUAUCAUCCUGAUCACUUCAACUGCAACAACUGCGGAAAGGAGUUGACUGUAGAUGCCAGGGAGCUGAAGGGGGAGCUUUACUGUCUGCCCUGCCAUGACAAGAUGGGUGUCCCCAUCUGUGGAGCCUGUAGGAGACCCAUUGAGGGCCGUGUGGUCAAUGCCAUGGGCAAGCAGUGGCAUGUUGAGCAUUUUGUGUGUGCUAAGUGUGAGAAACCCUUCCUGGGACACCGUCACUACGAACGCAAGGGCCUGGCCUACUGCGAAACACACUACAACCAGCUGUUUGGAGAUGUCUGCUACCACUGCAACCGUGUUAUUGAAGGAGAUGUUGUGUCUGCUCUUAACAAGGCUUGGUGUGUCAACUGUUUUGCCUGCUCAACCUGCAACACCAAACUCACCCUGAAGGAUAAGUUUGUGGAGGUUGAUCUGAAACCGGUGUGUAAGCACUGCUACGAACGCAUGCCAGAUGACAUGAAACGCCGGCUCGCCAAGCGUGAGCGCGACUCCAAAGACAAGAAGAAGAAGUCACCCAUCAUACCCAUGUGUCUGUGAUCCUCUCUCUCUUCUUUCUCUUCAUUUCCACUCUUCUUUUGUUGGAACAAGUUUGUGGAGUUUGACAUGAAACCAGUGUGUAAGAAGUGCUAUGAGAAAUUCCCUCUUGAGCUGAAGAAGAGGCUGAAGAAAUUGUCUGAAACAGUUGCACGCAAGUAAACGCACAGUCGAGCCACAGAAGGGAAGCAAAGUUGAGACCCUGAGGCGGCCACACGUGGAAGAAGUCUUUUUUUCCAGUCAUGACAAUCAUAAGAGAUAGAAAUUGUGUUCCCCUUAGCAUUGGUAUUACAAGGUUGGAUAUGUCGGUGUCCUUACAGUUGUAGUUUCAAAGCAGUGAGGAUCAUUUUAUGAGCUUGAAACUGACCAUGAGAUCUUUGGUUAGUUGGUCAGUAAGUUUGACUAUAUUUGCUGCAGUAUAUAUUACUCACAUGCUUGCCUUAUUUCACUCCUAUACACACAUAUAUAUAUAUAUGUAUACAUAUAAACAUAAACAGAUAUAAUACUGAUAUUAAAUAGUAACAUUACUUUUAAGAGAACAUUGAAACAUGGGGAUAAUACAGUAUAUUUCAUUACAGCUGUUUUGACAGGUUAAUUGACUGUUUGCCAGCUGGUCUCCUGUUUGACUUACAGUAUGUUACCGAUACUCUUGUACAGUAUUUUGUUGGAAAAAAUGCUGUAGUGCUGAAUUUGUAUAUAAUAUCUCUAUUAUUUAAUGUUUUCCACCAAUGUAUUACUUUGUGUAUUACUAACUUGUAUUUCCUGUAUUUUUUGACAUUAUACUGUACCCUCCAUGAUGCUACAGUGAUGCUCACAGCCAUUACCUGCAGUGUGAUUGGACUGCCUUGUUACAUAUUAUGCAUUUCAUGUGUGAAACUAUUUGCUAGCAAAAUCUAUUUUCAAAGUGGUAUUUUUUAGGUUCAAUGUGAAAUUAUUCAGUAUAUCCACUCGAAUUUAUCCCAAAUUAAUAAUAUUUAGCUAUUUGUUUUCUCUAUUGCCAUUUAUAGUAAAUGAAUGAGGGUGAAAGCCUGUCAGAAGCACCUUUCAAAGUAAUGCAGGCCAGGAUAUAAAGUGACUAAACAAAAAUGUAUGUAUGUGUGUGUGUUAACGACAUGAUAGCUUGUGCCAUGUGCAGAAACCAGAGACCGGAUGUGGAGUCAUAUGUUAGAACAAGCUCUACUGUUUGUAAUCCAGAAAAAGUGAUCCUCUUAGGAAGGUGUACUGACUUCCUCAGGGCUCAGACCCUCUUAGGAAAGAAAAAAAACAACUUAUGAAUGGGGGGGGGAAUCCUGUUUCAUUCAAGUCGCAUUUUAUUGUAAAAAGCUUAUCUUUCACAUAGUAGUUUGAGAGCAAGACACAUUCCACUAUUUCAUGGAAAUACAAAGCUUAUGUUACUCGUUACCACAACAUUUCUUUUGUCACAUAGAAGCAAUACCUCCCAUUGCACUGUUUUGUAAAGCAUAUCUUAAGCUUCACUGAAAUAAACAGUGAUAAAUAAACAAUUCAUAUUAUUUGGUGUAUUAUUUCCUGGUGUAUUGAGAUGACUCCACUGCUGGAGUGCAUGUUUGAGACUUGAAUGGAAAGUUAUUCUUCAGUAUAUAAAAAUAUAUCAUGCUUUUGAUUUACAA